AUGGAACUUCAGUUCCAAAAGCACCAAAAACAAGGCUUUUCAACAACACCAGCAGCCAAACAAAACACCUUCAAGGAGAGAAACAGAAGCACUUCCUCCAACAAAAGCAAGUUUGUAGGUGUGAGACAAAGGCCUUCCGGCAAAUGGGUGGCAGAGAUCAAGAACACAACUCAGAAGAUCAGAAUGUGGCUUGGGACAUUCGACACCGCUGAAGAAGCUGCAAGAGCUUAUGAUGAAGCCGCUUGCCUCCUCCGCGGUUCCAACACCCGAACCAACUUUGUCAGCACCCAUGUCCCUCCUCCCAACUCUCCUCUCUCCCAGAAAAUCAAAAACCUUCUCUAUCAAAAGAAAGCCAUAAAACACAACUCUCCUUUUACCACCAAAAAGACCAGCAUUGAAACUAGUACUGCAAUUAGUACUUCACAUAGUAGUGGUGGUUAUGUGUGUAAUUCUAAGGGUUCAAAACAAGAGACUCAGAUGUUUGAUGAUGCGUAUAAACCGGAUUUGAGCAACUGCAUUGGAGGAUUUGAAAUGGGCAGUUGUCAGUUUGAUCAUCCAGGAGGGAUUACAAGUGAAUUCGACCGGUUUCUUUUGAGCCAAGAAGGGUUUGAUCAGGUGCCAAAAAGAGUUGGUUUGGUGUGUGAUGAGAUAGUUAGUGAGCCUCAGAUUCCAGAAUUUGAACAUAUGAAGGUGGAGAGACAGAUAUCAGCAUCACUCUAUGCAAUGAAUGGAGUGAGUGAGUACUGGGAGAAUGUUCAUGACUCUGGUGAUGCUUUCUGGGAUCUUCCUAUGCUGUCUCAAAUGUUCUGCCCAAGUUAA